AUGAACGGAAUAUGGCAAGAACCGCCAGCUGACGCGUUGCCUCUUUCCGCUGCUCCGCAUCCACCACCAGCUGACGCACUGCCUCCUCCCGCUGCUCCGCAUGCACCACCAGCUGACCCACUGCCUCCUCCCGUUGCUCCGCAUGCACCACCAGCUGACGCGUUGCCUCUUUCCGCUGCUCCGCAUCCACCACCAGCUGACGCACUGCCUCCUCCCGCUGCUCCGCAUGCACCACCAGCUGACCCACUGCCUCCUCCCGUUGCUCCGCAUGCACCACCAGCUGACGCGUUGCCUCUUUCCGCUGCUCCGCAUGCACCACCAGCUGACGCACUACCUCUUUUCGCUGCUCCGCAUGCACCACCAGCUGACGCACUGCCUCUUUCCGCUGCUCCGCAUGCACCACCAGCUGACGCACUGCCUCUUUUCGCUGCUACGCAUGCACCACCAGCUGACGCACAGCCUCUUUCUGCUGCUCUGCAUCCACCACUAGCUGACGCACUGCUUCCUUUCGCUGCUUCGCACGCACCAUCAGCUGACGCAUUGCCUCCUACCCUCGCACCGAAUCCACUCCCUACGCCUCCUCCUUUGACUAUAAUGAUGCCCUACCCUCGCACGGAGUCAACAGCCUACCCCUCCUCCUUUGACUAUAAAGAAGCUCUUUCGAUUCAGUCACGGCAUCCCAUAUGGGGGGAGUACGUGCAAUCACUCCUGCAGCUCGGGCCCUCGCUGCCCAGGGCAGGAAAAGACGAGGGAGACCACCCACCCAUCACCCCCAUGCGCGCUGCGGACGAGGGGGAGCUGGGCGGCGGGGAUGCGUGGCGGCUGACACGUGUCACCUUCUCAGUGGCUGGGGAGCACUUCUCAGCAUCGGGACGAAAGCUGCUAUCCGCGGGAUUCACUGCAGUCAUGCCGUGGCUGGCGGUGGGGGACGAGGGCCUUCCAGCCUUCGUGCAGGGGGAGAGUGUUGCCCUCAGCGCAGUGGAGCUGUAUGAGAAGAGGCCCUCCCGACAUUCAUGCAGGGGGAGGGCGUUGCCCCUCGGUGCUGGGGAGCUCUAUGAGGGCCGCACCUCACCUCCUGACUACCUAACCGAGAGUGAGCUGAUCGGGCUGAUGGAGCGACAUGGCAUCGGCACGGAUGCGUGCCUUGGCCGCACCUCCCCACCUGACUACCUGACUGAGAGCGAGCUGAUUGGGCUGAUGGAGCGACACGGCAUUGGCACAGAUGCGUCCAUCCCCGUUCACAUCAACAACAUCUGCGAACGGAACUAUGCCCAGGUAACGCCUGGCCGUAAGAUUGUGCCCACCACCCUUGGCACCAUGCUCAAGCGCGACACGUACCACCACCACCAUUCUCUCUACCCACUCUCUUUUCCCCUCUAUCACCUAUCUCCACCAGGUGGCACCGGGUGGCACCGGGUCGUAGCACCAGGUCGUAAGAUCAUACCAACCACCCUCGGCACCACGCUCGUGCGCGGGUACCAGCAGAUCGAUCCGGACCUUUGCUUGCCAGACAUCCGACGGUUCAUAGAGCAGCAGAUCACGCUGAUCGCGCAGGGCAAGGCGGACCACGGCAGGGUGGUGACGCUCGUGCUGCAGCAGUUCUUCGAGAAGUUCAAAUACUUUGUCAGCCAGGUGGGUGGGGCCUGGGUGCAAUUUGAAUGA